GGCGCUGGGCCGACCUGGGCCGAGUGAGUGAGUGAGGGAGUGAGUGAGUGAGCGGCCGGUGGAUGUUGUGGGGCUGCUCGGUGCAAGGGAUUGGCGCUGCGGUUACAUUCGCGCUGUUUCAUUCACUCGCUGUCGGUUCCAGCUGUUGUGCUUUGUUGUUGACAGCGAACCGAGUAACGGUCAACAAGCGUUUUAAAUCGGUUCGAUACCUUGAGCGUCUGAUUUCAAAGUUCAUUGCUUAAACGUAUGGCAUAACGGAUGGUGACACAAUGAAUGGGGAGCCUGAUGCACUAGCUGUUGUAAACCAGCUACAAGAUUUAGCAGCUGACCCCUUAAACAGGCGAGCAAUUGUACAGGAUCAGGGAUGUCUACCUGGGUUGAUCCUCUUCCUAGAUCAUCCAAAUCCUCAAGUUGUGUAUUCUGCAUUAUUGGCUCUGCGAUACCUAGCAGAAUGUCGAUCCAACAGGGAGAAAAUGAGAAGUGAAUUAGGCAUGAUGUUGAGUUUACAAAAUGUAACUCAAAAGACAACAACACCUGGUGAAACUAAGAACUUAGCAAAUGAAGUCUAUGAAAUUUUACAGUCUUCAAGCAGCGAGGAAGACCACACAGAUUAUAACUCGCAUAGGCGCAAACCACAAUUUUUUCUGGGAAGUACUAACAAACGUGCAAAAACAGUUACCCUGCAAAUAGAUGGUUUGGAUGAUUCGUCACGGAGAAGCAUUUGUGAAGAAGCAUUGUUGAAAAUCAAAGGUGUUAUUAGUUUUACUUUCCAAAUGACUGUGAAAAGGUGUAUUGUGCGGAUCCGAUCUGAUCUAAAAGCAGAGGCAUUGACAUCUGCUAUUGCAGCAACCAAAAUUUUGAAAGCACAUCAAGUGGUCAAAAAUGAAAGUGGAGAGGAGAUGCUGGUUCCGUUCCAUGGUACACCUGUUGAAGUUGAGGAAAACACAGAUUUACCAGACUACUUGCCUGAAGAUGAGAGUCCAGCAAAAGAUAGCGACAAUGCUGUUUCUCGUGUGGGGAGUAACAAGGAAGUUGGGAGUGGCUGGUUCAGUACAGCAGCAAACUUUUUAUCGCGGUCAUUUUAUUGGUGACGUGGGACCGGCAUCAGAGUUGUUGCACAUAGGAUUAUGGAAACCAUUUUUCCAUUGUUGUGAUGAAUUGCCCAGUGCAAUUUAUACUAACGCAAACACUGCAGUUUGUAGAGGCUUUAUGUAUAUUGCAUAUUCACCUAAACAAGAAGUUAAGCUACCGGCAAUAGAGAAGUUCCCUUCUGUCUUUGUCACUGAAGUACCUCGCAAUCAUGUUUUUAUUUUUCAACGGGUCCACAUCAGUACCAAAAUUACAUCAAAACUAAAGCUUGAACAACCAGAAUAUGGACAGAUUCUUCUGCAGCAUCCUACGUUGGGUUCCAUAUUCAAUUCUUACUUCUUGAAUACUGUACAGAAGACCUUUUUGUUAUGUGUUGUGCAUGAAUUUAUUUUGGAUGUUACACAGUUCAGUGGCAUUCACAAAUAGUUACAGUUUACCCAAGAUCUAAAGCAUUACAUACAUAUGCCUUACUUUUUGUUCAAAUUCUAAAGCCUUUAUAAUGUAUGCCUUUUCUAUUUGUUUUCUAUUUGAAUAAUGAAAUACAGCAUGCUCAUUGGUG